AUGGCAGCCAGCGCAAAGAGCAGCAAGUCCCAUGUUAUCUUCAAGAAGAUCUCCCGGGACAAAUCGGUGACCAUCUACCUGGGGAAGAGAGACUAUGUAGACCAUAUCAACAAAGUGGAGCCUGUGGACGGUGUCGUUCUGAUUGAUCCUGAGCUUGUGAAAGGAAAGAAAGUGUUCGUCUCUCUGACCUGCGCCUUCCGCUACGGCCAGGAGGACAUCGACGUGAUCGGCCUGACCUUCCGCAGGGACCUGUACUUCUCCCGGGUCCAGGUGUACCCUCCAGUGGGUGCCUCGAGCGCCCCCACCAAGCUGCAGGAGAGCCUGCUCAAGAAGCUGGGGAGCAACACGUACCCCUUUCUGCUCACGUUCCCUGACUACUUGCCCUGUUCAGUGAUGCUGCAGCCAGCUCCCCAGGAUGUAGGCAAGAGCUGUGGGGUCGACUUUGAGGUCAAAGCAUUCGCUACCGACAUCACAGACAGCGAAGAGGACAAAAUCCCCAAGAAGAGCUCUGUGCGUCUCCUGAUCCGCAAGGUGCAGCACGCUCCCCUGGAGAUGGGCCCCCAGCCCCGCAACGAGGCGGCCUGGCAGUUCUUCAUGUCGGACAAGCCCCUGUACCUCACCGUGUCCCUCAGCAAAGAGACUUAUUUCCAUGGGGAGCCCAUCCCUGUGACCGUGACCGUGACCAACCACACAGAGAAAACAGUGAAGAAGAUCAAGGUGAUAGUGGAACAGGUGGCCAACGUGGUCCUGUACUCCAGUGAUUAUUACGUCAAGCCCGUGGCCAUGGAGGAAACACAAGACAAAAUACUGCCAAACAACGCGCUGACCAAGACGCUGACACUGGUGCCCUUGCUGGCCAACAAUCGAGAGAGAAGGGGCCUGGCCCUAGACGGGAAGAUCAAGCACGAGGACACCAACCUCGCCUCCAGCACCAUCAUUAAGGAGGGCAUUGACCGGACCGUCCUGGGGAUCCUGGUGUCCUACCACAUCAAGGUGAAGCUCACGGUGUCAGGCCUUCUGGGAGACCUCACCUCCAGUGAAGUGGCCACAGAGGUGCCAUUCCGCCUCAUGCACCCCCAGCCUGAAGACCCAGCCAAGGAAAGUUUUCAGGAUGAAAACCUGGUUUUCGAGGAGUUUGCUCGCCAAAAUCUGAAAGACACAGGAGAAACCGAGGAAGGAAAGAAGCAAGAGGCCGUCAACGAUGACUGA